AUGUCUUCAAUCAUUAUUCAAAAUAAGAGAAAGGAUUCCAUCCCUGUUGAAAAUAUCGAAGAAAAUGAACAAACAAAUAAAAAACAAAAAAAUAAUAAUAAAGCAAUCGAAGCUUAUAUUGAGAUAAAACCUUUUAAACUUUCAAGUGAAGUUGAUAGAUAUGCAUAUAAAACAGCGCUUCCAGAAGCUGAAGAGAGAUUAAAUUUUAUGAGAAAUUUAUUAACAUAUUAUACAGCAUGUGUUAAUGAACUUGAUAAUAUUGAAAAUUUAAUGCCGAAAAAGAGAAAACAUCAUUUUUAUUUUAAAGGAAAAGCUUUUAAAGGAAAGACUUUAAAGGGUCCUCAAGUUGGAGCUACAAUAGCUAAAUCUUUGAUUAAACUGAAUAAAACUGAAAAUAAAAAAUAUACAUAUGAUAUUAUUAUAAAUUCACCAGACUCUUCUUCAGAAUCAAACUUUACUAAAUCAUUAUAUACAAUAGAUGAUGGUUUCAUUGUAAAAGAUGCUCAAAAAAAUAGUUUUAGUUCGACAUACAUUACUAAACAAAAUAGUACAAUAAUAGAAAAUAAUAUUUUUUUCAGAGAUGAAAAAUUACAAAUCGAUGAUAGUGAUAAUGAUUCCGAUUUGAUCACAGAAGAAGAAGCAUUAUUUAAUAUAGGAUUAUAUAAAAAUAUAAAUAAUUA